AGAUCAAGUUUCUCUCACCAGACAGCAACAUGGCCAUGAAACUACCAUCUCAAGAAGAAUUUGAGAACUGGACGGCUUUUCAGGUUGCAGACCUCCUAAGACAGUUUGGAAUGCCUGAAUCUGCUGCAGUUGUAGAAAAACUGUGCAUGAAUGGAUCUCAUUUCUUGAAUCUAUCAGAUUAUGAGCUGAGCCAAUUCAAAAUAAUGCACCAGCCGAAGCUUCAAAAGAUGGUGCAUGACAUCAAGAAGAAUGAAAGUGGGAUAAUAAACAAGUUCAAAAAGUUCCAAAAUGAACAAGUGGCCUUAAUUUGCAAAACUGGGAAAGAUACUUGGGAUCGGCUGAAAAAAAAACCUCCACCAAGUCUACCACAAAGGGAUUAUGCUUCAGAACAUGCAGACAAUGAAGAGGAACAAUGGUCAGAUGAUUUUGACAGUGAUUAUGAAAAUCCAGAUGACCACUCUGACUCUGAGAUGUAUGUUGUCCCCAGCGAAGAGAAUCCUGAUGACAGCUAUGAGCCGCCUCCAAGUGAGCAGGAGAAAAAGAAGAUUGCCUCCUCAUUCCCCAUUUCUAGGGGUGAAUAUGCAGACAAUCGCACCAAUCACCAGCAGCUUCCUUCCAUGAGCAAACCUCUCCCAAGUACACCCAGUCCAGCCAUGUCGAGACCAAAGAAACCAUCCCUGCCUUUGCCAUCUCCUGCUGCAAAACCCAAAGUACCACCAAAGCCAAAGGAGUGUAGUGAUGAUGAGGAUAAUUACAUUGUGCCAGUGGACAAAGAUGACGAUAACUAUAUUGAACCCACCGAAAGCAGCAUUUCACUACCUACAAGAUCUCCUGUGAACAGAUUUAUGAAGAAGUCAGCCCCCCAUCCUUCUCCAAAACCUUCUCUUACUUCUGAUACGCAAGAAGUCUACGAAGUUCCUGAAGAAGAGGAAAAACCAUCACCACCACUGGUAACCAGGUUCACUAAGCCAUUUCUGUCUACACCUGCCCAGAACACAGAGCACCCCCACAUGCACAGCAUGACUAGAGAGUCACCUAAACUGGAUACUUCUAGAAAUAUUCUGCCUCUUCCCAGAAAUCGUCUUCAUCCAAAAGUAGACCACGAGGCAAAUAAUGAUGAAAAUCAUAGUUUCAGUAACACACAAGAAACCAGAUUUCCCACUGGAGCAGCUCCAUCUCCAUUACCAAGGGGCCUAAAGAAAACUUCUAAUGCAGUAAAUUCACCGAAACCAUGUUUACCUUCCAGAGAGACCUUAACUGCAAAUGAAGAAAGACCUACAGCAGCAGAACGACGACGAGGUUCCAGCCAGGAGCUUCCACUUCCACCCCUUCUGAGUGGUGCCCAAAAGCCUUUGCUCCAAAAGUCCUCAAUUCUGCCAAAAGUGCCAGAAGCUGCAAUCCGUUCUCUGGGCACUUCCCCUCACAGCAGCAUUUCAUCUAUUUCAAGUACUACAGACCAGGAUGCUGGUGUUCACAGUAAAGCAUGGUAUGCUGCUACCUGUGAUAGGAAAAUGGCAGAAGAUGCAUUGUACCGAUCAAACAAGGAUGGAUCUUUUCUAAUAAGGAAGAGCUCUGGACAGGAUUCACGGCAACCGUACACACUGGUUGUGUUUUACAACAGAAGAGUAUACAACAUUCCUAUACGAUUUAUUGAAUCAACAAGACAAUACGCACUGGGCAGAGAAAAAAGUGGUGAAGAGCGUUUUGACAGUGUUGCUGAAAUAGUAGAGAAUCACCAGCGCACCUCCCUGGUUCUAAUUGACAGCCAAAACAACACCAAAGACUCAACAAAACUGAAACACAUUGUAAGAAUUUCUUAAAGUGAACUGCUAAAAAGACUUUUAAAAUAAUUUCUUUCAACGUUGCAAAACAUGUGGAUCAGGUAUUAAAAGAAUUUAAAAAUACGGAAAACACUCUUAAAGAGCACCUAGUAAGAGAUGCCGCUCAUAAAGUUCUACCCCACGUCACUUUCAUCAGGAAAGCACUCAUAUUUAACACAAGAAACCAGAGGAGAGAUACUUUCAUCUGUGAUUUCCAUCUGUGACAACACGGGUAUUCAGACACGUGAGGAACAACUGCCUACCACAGCCUGGUCCUUUGACUGCUAUUUAAAGAUAGAGUUCCUAUAGGACAUUUUCACUUUAAAAAUGAGGAAUUCCCAGUGAUCUAGUCUUUCCAUUUGUUAUAUUUACCACAGACCACUGCUUUCAGCAACUUCUUUGUAAAGUGCACAGCCCCAGAGGUUAGAGCAAUUCACCCUAAUGUACUGGUGUGUCCAAGCUAAAACUAGGACUGUACUUCAUGUGAUUAGUGGCAAUAAAGCUGUCUGAACAUUUUAGAUUAAUGGACAUAUGUUGUCCUUUUUUCUUGGCCUUACUCUGUUUCAUUAUUAUUUGUAUUUUCAAAUAUGCAAAUAAAAUUAAAAACAUUAUGAAGUCAAGUCA